CCAGGGGCGGACACUCGGCCAGGCAACCCUGGGCCGAGCGCACCGCCGCCGCCGAUGUGCCUGGUGGCCAGACUCCAAGUGGGACCGGCUGACGCGCUGCCUCGCGAAGCUAAUGGAGACUCAAGCCCUGGAACCAGGGACUCAGGAAGUCUUUGGUGCCACCAGCCCUAACAAGGGGGCCCUGUCUAAGACCAAAAAGAACUUCAAAGACUUGAUGUCUAAGGUGACGGAGGGACAGUUCGUGCUAUGCCGGUGGACAGACGGGCUAUACUACCUCGGCAAGAUCAAGCGGGUCAGCAGUCCUAAGCAAAGCUGCCUUGUGACUUUUGAAGAUAAUUCCAAAUACUGGGUCCUGUGGAAGGACAUUCAGCAUGCUGGUGUUCCAGGAGAGGAGCCCAAGUGUGAUGUCUGCAUGGGGAAGACUUCAGGGCCGAUGAAUGAGAUCCUCAUCUGUGGGAAGUGUGGCCUGGGUUACCACCAACAGUGCCACAUCCCCAUCGCAGUCGAUGCCAACUGGCCCCUCCUCACUCAUUGGUUCUGCCGACGCUGCAUUUUCGCACUGGCUGUGAGGAAAGGCGGCGCUCUGAAGAAAGGCGCCAUCGCCAAGACGCUGCAGGCAGUGAAAAUGGUGCUGUCCUACCAGCCCGAGGAGCUCGAUUGGGACUCACCCCAUCGCACCAACCAGCAGCAAUGCUACUGCUACUGCGGCGGGCCUGGAGAGUGGUACCUGCGGAUGCUACAAUGCUACCGGUGUAGGCAAUGGUUCCAUGAAGCUUGCACACAGUGCCUUAGUGAGCCUAUGGUGUUUGGAGACCGCUUCUACCUGUUCUUCUGCUCGGUGUGUAACCAAGGCCCAGAGUAUAUCGAGAGGCUGCCCCUGCGAUGGGUAGACAUAGUUCACCUGGCCCUCUAUAACCUGGGAGUACAGAGCAAGAAGAGGUACUUUGACUUUGAAGAGAUCCUGGCCUUUGUCAACCACCACUGGGAGCUCCUGCAGCUUGGCAAGCUCACCAGCACCCCUGUGACAGAACGAGGGCCGCAUCUCCUCAACGCUCUCAACAGCUACAAAAGCCGGUUCCUGUGUGGCAAGGAGAUUAAGAAGAAGAAAUGCAUCUUCCGACUGCGCAUCCGUGUCCCGCCCGCCCCUCCAGGAAAACUGCUUCCCGACAGGGCGCUGAUGCCAAGUGAUAAAGGGACCUCUGAGAUGCUUCGUAAGAAAGGAAAGAGCAAGCCUGGUUUGUUGCCUCAGGAAUCCCAGCAGCAGAAAAGGCGAGUUUAUAGAAGAAAAAGAUCAAAGUUUUUGCUGGAAGAUGCUAUUCCCAGUAGUGACUUCACCUCAGCCUGGAGCACAGACCACCACCUGGCCAGUAUAUUCGACUUCACACUGGAUGAAAUUCAGAGUUUAAAAAGUGGCAGCUCAGGCCAGACCUUCUUCUCAGAUGUGGAUUCCACCGACGCCGCCAGCACCUCCGGCUCUGCCUCCACUAGCCUCUCCUACGACUCCAGAUGGACGGUAGGCAGCCGCAAGAGAAAGCUAGCAGCCAAAGCAUACAGGCCCCUGCAGGCAAAGCACCGGGCUGCCGAGGUGGAUGGACGCUGCACGUCAGACAGUAGUGCAGAGGGAGCUCCGGGCCCUGAGCAGCAGGAUGAAGGCGUCGACAGCCACACGCUUGAAAGCAUCAGUGGAGAUGACUCCUCCCUGUCCCACCUCAAGUCGUCUAUCACCAACUACUUUGGUGCAGCCGGGCGGUUGGCCUGCGGGGAAAAGUAUCAGGUGCUGGCACGGAGGGUCACUCCAGAAGGCAAGGUUCAGUACCUGUUGGAAUGGGAGGGGACUACCCCUUACUGAUAACCCCUCGGAGCCUGCUCAGAUCCCUGCAAACCAAAGGAGGGGCAGAAGAGGCCACCGAGUCCGGGCUUGGGGUGGUGGAGGAAAGCAGGACAUGUUGGCUGCGGCCCCUGCCUGCUGCCUGCCAGGCCAAGGCCUGUGUGCUGCUGUUCUAAUUGCCUGAGUCUCUGAGACUCCAACUGGCUCUCUCUCGUUGUCUAUACUACACUCCCUACACCUCAAACUUCUUAUUGGUUCCUCUGACAGUACCCUGGCUGUGACCCCUGAUCUGAGGCCUGAAUCUGUUUUUCAUUGGCCCCAAUUCUCUAUCUUCUGACCUCUCACCCCUUUCGGGUAUUUUGUGUGGACGCACAUCUUCCAUGCAUGUACGCUCAUCCCUCCCACACUGGGCAUCCUUCACUGGGUCCUCACUAGGACCACAGUGAGGGAAGGGAACUCUGGGGAUCUUCUACUUUCUCACUAGUACCCCUUACUCCAGGAGGGUAGGGAUGCCUGAGAAAGUUGAGGAUGCCUGGGACCCAGAACCUGGGGAGUGAUGAGCUGGGUCUCUGCUGAAGGGACUGGAAUCAGGAUCCUUUAUUGAGACUGGGAGGGGAGACUAAGGGAGUCAGGGCCAAGGCUCCCAGAAGUUUGCCUGUCCCCAGCAACAACCCUUCACUUGUCAUGGACUGGGGCCUUGCCUUGCUGCAUAGACGUGUACUUAACCACGUAGAUCUGUGAGGAAAGGAUGGGGAGGAAAACCAGGCCAGAUUAAAUCCCAUCCCAAACACUGUGUGUACAGACACCUCAUAUUCCUACCAGGGCCUCCUGGCCCCCAUCCCUGGCCUCUUCCAGGGAUAAAUGCUGCAGUUAAAUGUGAGAACCAAACUCCAGCCUCCUCUGGCCUGUGAACCAGCCUUGGCCCCACAGAGAAGCACAAAAUACACCUCUCUCCUGCAUGGCUCCUGCCUUGCCCUGGAGUUGACAAUCAAGGGCCUGAAUCAUUGGUUCCCUUCAGAAAGGAAGUCUUUGUCAUUGAUGGUAGAAAUAGAACUCUUAGAAUGGACAAACUCAGCCAUGUCUGGAGGGAAACCAAAACCAGGAGGUGGGCAGGGAGCCCUUACUUUGCCUGCAGAAACAGAAACUGACUUGCUAGGUUAGAAAAAUGAAGAGAAGCGCCUUUGGGGUGGGAGGUAGGAGCACCAGACUGGGACCAGCCUCCCUGGCUGCUGCUGUGGCUUCCAUCUGGGAGUGGGAAGAUGACUGCAUGGCGACGCCAGACUAUAUCAGAGGCGCUGAUUUUCCCAUGACUGGGUCUGACCCCUCCAUGCCUGCCAGUGAGCAUUAAUGGGGGGCAGGGUCCCUGAGGUAGGUUAGAUGGCCCCUGACUUAAACCUCAGCAACCAUAGUGCCUUGCAAAGGAACCUCACCUCUCACUAGACACAGCUAACCACUUCCCUCUGCUUCCCUGUCUUGGCUCAGGAAGGGAUAAGCAGAUGGACACUGAGCCCAGUUGUCAGUUUGACAGCUGCUGCCACUGAGGUCCCCAAGAGGGGCCUGGUGGAAGGAGAGUUGUGAAGCCAACUCCCAGGCCAGCAGGCAUGUGGGAACUGGGGUCAAAUUUGUGGCUUCCUGUUGGCUUCAGUGAGCAUGGCAACCUCCAACAUGCGUUUUCCAGGCUACUGGGUAAUUCAGAGAGCUGGGAUGGCUAUUUGUACAUCUGCCCCUCCCCUGCUGUGCCCCAGAAGCUCUGAGCCUGAGGAGUAGGAAGAAGGCAGGCGGGGUGCUCAUCCCCUUGGGGAAGCUAGCACAAGGCCUGACCAGGUCACCAGACUCCCCAUGGCAGCAUUUCACUCCUACAAGAUAAUAGCUGCAUUACUGCCAAUUGAUGGUAUAACCCUGUGCACCUUUGAAAAGAUUUUGGUUUUAAAUGGCUGCUUUUAAUAAUAUUUGUUAUAUUAAAGUUAUAGUUGAUGUGUCUGGAUUACAA